AUGGCGUCGUGUCCCUGUCAACACGUCCCCCUCCGUCUCUCUUCGUUUACCGCCGCCGAACACGGGAACGUCUCGUCCUUACGAGCCCGUGCGCGGAACUUAUCAGGACAACGCGACGCAGCCGGGAAUUCACCACUGCACGCUGCGGCGCAGCACGGGCACGUGGCGGCAACCCUCUGGUUGUUACGCUACGGGGUGGUUGACGUGAACGUGGCCGAUGGUGGGGCUACGCCGCUGCACCGAGCCAGUUUCUCCGGGGCUCUCGGGACAAUGCGGGUCUUGCUACACGAGGAGACUUGUGAUCUUCUUUGUCCCGAUACAUCUUUUGGGGACAACCGCACGGCCUUGCAUAAGGCGGCGGCUGGAGGACGCUACCACGCCGUCCAACUUCUGCUCGACGCGCUCGAGGAACGGAGCCUGUUGCCAAGCGCUUUAGACCUGAUAGAUAACCACGGAUGGACGGCACUCCAAGUGGCGAGCGACUGUGGGAAACGCCAGGAGAAAGAGAGGAAAAGUGUGGCACGAUGGGAUGUCGUGGCGGGUGGAGUCGCUGAUUGGUCUCGCUGUGUGAAACUAUUGGAAGCGGCACGAGGCGGUGGGAACAGAGCUAACAACAAGGUGUAUCCAUCUAUCACAAAACAGUCAUCAAUCUUCAAUAAGACUCGUUGGGAAUGCGAAGAUUGCGAAUUUGGACAGAAAUGUACAACUACGGCGUGGGAAAAUGCCUUUCGAACCACUCUGCUACUCUCAACCUCUCCCGAUCCCCCCAAAAGGGUAGCUUUGUCGAAUGAUACCAGUAUGAUUUCCAGCAUUGACUACCUACCAGAGGUCACCCCAUCAGGAUCUCAAUCUUUGGCCAGAAUAGAAAGGAAGCCUUCGACGGUUGCACAGCAAUCACUAGACCAACCAGUUCGCAAGCUCCAAUACGCCUCUCUCUCGGCCGAGCCUUCGCUCUCGGGAUUGGGACAUCCUUGCUAUUUGUGUGCAGUAAAUACGUUUGUUUUGUACCCUGCACCCGACAACCGUCUUAUCUGCAAACGAUGUAAGCGGAAACGAAAUUAA